UUCAUCCUCAACAAAUAAGGAUGUGGAGAUAGUUGAAAUAGAGGGUUCUGAUGACGACGGGAAUCAAGCACUGGAGUCCGUCGUAGGUGCUGAUGGACUAAGGCAGUUCAUCAUGUUGCCAGAGUGGACGGUGCAUAGGUUCACAUCCGUCAUCAGGGAGAAACAUUUCAGCACUUUUAGAACCAACUUCCAAAUCCCGGACUACGUUUCCAUCCGUCUACCAUAUGUGUCGGAGAAGUGUUACUAUGAAGGGGUAGACGGUGUCGGAGUAUACGAGCAGGCGUUGAAGGCUGGACUUCGAUUCCCACUUUCUACACUUCAUAGGGAACUUUUGCACUAUCUAGGGUUGUCCGUCACCCAGAUAUCCCCUAACGCCUGGAGGGUCUUCAUAGCCAUGGAGAUUCUUUACGGUGCAAUGUCGGAUGGAGAAAGGAGACUGACGGUCCGUGAAUUUCUUCACUGUUACCGUCCAGACGAGAUUUCUGGAUCAAGGGAGAUGUAUAGUUUUGCUAGUCGGAGCCCCUUGUUGAAGGUGAUCUUUGAGACCCCAGACUCAAAUAGAGACUGGAAGAGUCGCUACUUCUUCCUGGAGGGUGACAGAUGGAUGAGCCGUCCAGGGGAGAAGGAGUACAUGCCCGUCGACACAACCUGGGCAGUGAUAAAUCAAUCGUGUAUGCACCCGUCUUAAUUUUGUAAUACUUUUCAUAUCCGUCCAUUUUUAUGUGUAUAUCUUGAUCGCCUUUCUCUGCAGGUAGACGGCGCCCACAAGUUAGCCUUGAGGAAUUUAGUUUCCUUGAAAAGAUUUGCAGAAAAACUACGCCGGAGGAAAGGACUUGGGCUAAGUUGGUGAACCCGAAGACCAUACAUUGGUACUGCGACGGUCCUGAGCCCACCCAAGAGGCAAUUAGAUACGACGAGCGAGUUCAUAGACGUAAGCCCGUCGACUUUACUUUGCCAUUUAACUGACUUUACUUAGUUUUAAUUUCAUCCGUCAUUAUUUGCAGAGAUGGAAGACGCAAAAAGAAGAGCUUUAAUUAAGUCUCAAGCCGUCAAGAGGAGGGAAUCCGGCGAGGUGGUACCUAGGGUGUCGGCUUCAGCCCCGAAGAGGAAACCGACAUCAAAAUCCGACCGUCCAUUUAAGCAACCAAAGGUGUCUCUUGAACCGGUGGUUGGUUUGAUGGCUGAGGGUAACAAGACCGUCACCCCAGCUAAGCAGGGGACGGGAAAAGGAUUCAUGACGGCCCUAGACUCUAAGCAAGAGAGACCUCCUCCCCUUCUCCGCGACGACUCCAAGUAUGCGUUGGAGAAGCUGUCGUCUAUCAUCACGGCGGAAGACUAUGAAGAUCUUGGAAACCACUCGACGGAGGCCAUGGGGGAGACGGGCCUCUUUGCCGUUGCUCAGUCCUUGGUCAUGAUGAAGGGAUUACUGGACCGGUGUCUCAAUCGUGAGAGUACCUUGGACCGGGUGCGCGCAAAGGCGGAGCAGACGGAGGAAGAGCUUGGUCAACUCCAUAAAUGGAGGUCCAAUAUGGAGAAGAAGCUGGAGCUUUCUGAGAAGGCAAGGAAAGAGCUGGAGGAGAAGACGGUCGAGGCGUUGACGGUCAUAGAGAAAAAGGAGGCUGAGAUUAAAGAACUGAAGGAAGAGAUCCAUCACGUGAAAGAGGUAGCCGUCAAGGAGUACCGCGACUCAGAGUCCUUGUUGGGCGAGCUGGCGGAGUCUUUCCUUCAAGGCUUCGAUGACUCUCUCCGUCAGGUCAAGAAGGCCUACCCAGAGCUGGAUUUGUCAAUGGUCAAACUUGAGGACCAAGGCCAGACUUCUGCCCUCCCCGUCGCCUCCGAAAAUACGGAGGACCUUUUUGGCGAAGACGCUGUUCAGGGGGACGGAGAAUCCGUCCCGCCGAAGGAUGUCCAAGUCGCUGAACCAAAGAAAGUGGAUUAAUCUCUAUGUAAUUUAUUUUGAGAACAAUCCGUC